AUUUUCCUUCAAAAAUAAACAACUUCAAAAAAAUUUAAAAACAAAAUUUCAAAUCGCAAAAAAAUGUUUAUAAAAAUUUCAAGUAAUUUUCAUUUUGGCAAUGAAUUAAACAAAUAUGUAAUCAAUCAUCCUCUCUUGCUACGAAAAUUUCAAAAUUCUCUGACCUCCAAAUCGAAUCGCCGAAAUCAUCAAUGGAAACGUCAAAUGGAGUUGAAUCAACGGCGUCGCAAAGUCAUACCCACAUUGGUGUAUUUGAAUAAUCCCUGGACGUAUUGGAAGGCCCGGUUCAAUUUGAUGAAAAUGCAAAUGUUUUGGGAUCGCGAAUUUGUCGAAGAGGAAUUUAUUCGUGGUGCCAAGAAGGUAAACUCAAAGGUGGACAAAAUCUGUGUUUGCGUGGUCUUCCAAUGGAUGGCAAUUCACAAUAGCGAUGGGGCGGCGGUGGUUUUAACCGACAUAAUACGCAAUCAAGACAUGUCCACCAUUAGUAAACUCACCACACCCUUGGGAUAUCAACAAAUUACACGCGACAUGAUGCUCUCAAGGGAUGAUGUGCGAUUGAAGUUGGUGCGAUUUGACACCGAACACAUACGAAGGGCCAUACCCAUGAAGGUGGUAACGAAAGUUAAUUAUGGUCGCAAAUACUGUUUCAUUGACAUGAUGUUUGUGGGUCUACGAAAUACCAAAGAUUUCGACUCAAUAGAAGAACUGGUGGAGGUCAAUCGAAUUUUGCAAUCUCUGGAUGCAGAUUUGCGUCUAACACAAGAAGUCAUCUCCACACCGCAUCGCAUUAUAUUUGCCGAAAUUUUUAUACGAUUUCGCCGAGAUUGUUCCGAGAAUUCGCUGGAAUAUUAUCACCAACAUCCCAGUCGCUUUGCCAAUGAAAAAGAUUGGGCUGUGGGUUUUUAUAAAAUUCUCUCCUUUGAUGUUUUCCAUUACAAUCCAAGAGCAUAAAAUGUGUGUUUUUUAUAAAAAAAUAUUUGUAAAAAUAAAGUGAAGAUCUAAGAUUUCUUGAAACCAGGA